GCUGAUUUGAUUGACAGGCGCGGGGUCCUUCUCUCUUUCCCAAGCCCUGUACUGAAGCGGCGGCGAAGAUGAACGACACAGUGACGAUCAGAACCAGAAAGUUCAUGACAAACCGCUUGCUCCAACGCAAGCAGAUGGUUGUCGAUGUCCUGCACCCUGGCAAACCUACAGUUCCCAAAACAGAAAUCAGGGAAAAGCUGGCAAAGAUGUACAAAACAACGCCAGAUGUUGUGUUCGUUUUUGGGUUCAGGACGCAGUUCGGUGGUGGCAAAACAACAGGAUUUGCCAUGGUCUAUGAUUCCUUAGAUUACGCCAAGAAGAAUGAACCAAAGCACAGGCUAGCAAGGCAUGGUCUAUUGGAGAGGAAAAAGGUUUCUAGGAAACAGCGAAAGGAACGAAAGAACAGAAUGAAGAAAGUUCGCGGUACAGCUAAAGCUAACGUUGGUGCUGGCAAAAAGAAAUGAAGCAACAGUGGCAGUAAUAUGGCAGUACACAUGAAGAUCUCUUAAAAUGCUGAAUUGACCAUGGAUCACCAUCUCUGAUUUCUUCCCUCGUGCUCAAAUAAACCUUAUAAAAAUUGGAAA